AUGGAGCUUGAAUCAACAGACAUCAACUUUUCUGUCUCUUGGCUAUUGGGGCUCAAGCCCAAAUCCACGUAUCCUGCAUGGGCACGAGACUUUCUGACAGAUGAACCCCGUUUCCUUGUGAGCCGCCUUCUCGGCCUGCUUCCCAGUCGCAAACCCCGCCGCCGGCUGAGAAGGAGGCGCUGUCGUUCCAAGCUUGUGAUGUCUUCCACAGAACCAGCUAAAGAGGACAAGGAAGACCAAGACGAAGACCAAGACGCGGAGGAUGAGGAUAUGGAUUUCUUUGGCCUUGGGAAGCUGUAUGGAGAUUUUGAUUACGAAACAGACGAUGAUUCUGAGUCAGAGUCCGAUGAUGCGCCGGCGGAAGAGGAGUCUCCAGUGUUGGCAGAGCCAGCGUUCCUCCAACUUUGCAAAGAGAUGGAAGAGCUUCUGGACGAGAUCGAAAGGGCUCAUCUAGAAGAAAAUGACGAGUCUGACAACGAAUCGAUUGAUGGCCUGGAACCCGAAGACUGCCAAGACGAAUCCCCAUCGAGAAUUGAGUGGUUGCGACAGAAGAAGGUAGAGAAAGCAGAAAACAAAUACCUGGACCGAAUCAUGUCUUUACCAGGCCUGGAAGAAGCGAAAUCUUUCUUCCUACAGACAAAGGCUAGGGUUAACGCUGCCCAAAGACGUGAAACCGACCUGAAGAAAGAGAACUUCGACGUGGUUUUCAUGGGCAGUGAGGGCACGGGGAAGACCAUGCUGUCCCGUCUUUAUGCCAAGUACCUCGUGUCCCUUGGAGUCGUCAAGAAAUCUGGUGUCUUCACUGGUAUUAACCGAUUCUCUGCAUAUAACAUGUCCAAAACAUCGACCUUGGGUACAAUUCACAAUACAUGUAACGCUUGUGGCGGCUGCAUUGCUAUUAUUGAUCAUGCCCAUUUGAUGAACAGCGACGACUGCAAUCUCUGGAGUCUCUACGUCAGAUCCCAAGAUCUCCCUGGAAAAGUUGUCUUGAUUAUCUCUGGAAAUGGCGACUGGGGUCUAUCGGACUUAAUGGGCUACAGCGCUGAGGUUGCGAGCCACUUUCCAAUUCUGAAGUUACCCAAUUACAGCGCGCAUGAGCUACAGAUGAUUUUCCACGGCAUGAUGCGGAAAUGGUUCAAGAACAGGAUGGAGGUUGAAGGCGGCUAUUAUGGCCUCUAUGUCAAGAUACUGAUCCGAAGAGUCAUGUCGGACGUCAAUGGUAAGGCUUUCAGCAACAUUUGGCCUGUCAAGAAGGCAUUCCUCGAGGCUUGCAGGCGACAACUUGAACGUUUUAUCCAAGCUAGGAAAACCGGGCAUUAUCUGGAGGAUUACAGGAUGACAAAAGAAGACCUUUUGGGCAACAAGCCAUCGCUUGGUCCCAAUAAGAGUCCUGCCUGGAAAGAGCUCCAGGAGCUUGUCGGGUUGGACGACGUCAAGGAAUCUAUUCUCUCUGUGGUGAGCCAAGUGAACCAAAAUUUCACCAGAGAGAUGCGCGGCGAUGAUCCCUUACACGUUUCACCCAACCGUGUUUUCCUAGGGCCUCCUGGCACUGGCAAGUCUACAGUCGCAAAGCUCUAUGGUAAAAUCUUGGCAGACUUUGGACUUCUAUCCAAAGGCGAUGUUAUUACAAAAAGUCCAGCUGAUCUCCUGGACCGUUAUAUCGGAGGGUCUGAGAAUAACACCCAAGAGGCGUUACGAGAAGCCAAGGGGAAUGUUUUGAUUAUCGACGAUGCCCAUAUGCUUGACCCCGGCACGAAUGGUAGCAGUGGUAGCUCUAAGAACGGAGACUUCAGAGGCGCCAUUAUUGAUACCAUUGUGGCUGAGGUCACUGGUGCUGCUGGCGAGGAUCGAUGCGUCAUCCUCUGCGGCUACUCAGAACAGAUGAAAGAAAUGUACACAAAUGCCAAUCCUGGUCUCGCACGAAGGUUCCCUCUGGACACGGCUUUUGUGUUUGAAAACUUCAGCGAGGAGGCCCUAGCCAAAGUGUUGGACCUCAAGUUGAAGAAGGAAAAGCUGACUACCACAGAAAAGGCACGGGAAGUGGCCAUGGAGGUUUUGAAGCGAGCUUCGGUUCGACCAAACUUUGGCAAUGGAGGCGAGGUGGACAAUCUGCUGUCCAAAGCCAUUUUGGCCCGAUCAAGUCGCAUUGCUAAAGAAAAAAAUCCUGAUAUUGAAGAUCUUGAUGCUGUUCCUCUGGAGCCCCAGGACUUUGAUGCUGAUUACGAUCGCUUGUCGCACGCCGUAAAAAAUACGCGGGCAUUGUUUAACGAAUUUGUUGGAUUCGAGGAGAUUAUCUCCAAGUUCGAAUCAUACCAGUACAUGGUACAAGGCAUGCGGAUGCGCAACGUCGACCCCCGGCCGUACGUGCCAUUUACCUAUGUCUUCAAAGGGCCUCCGGGAACUGGAAAGACAUCGACUGCCCGGAAACUUGGCGAAAUCUUUUACAACAUGGGCCUACUUGCUGCACCUGAUGUUAUAGACGCCUCGGCCUCGCAACUUAUCGGUGAAUAUUGUGGCCAGACUGGUCCUAAGACUCGUCGCCUGCUUGAAUCAGCUCUCGGCAAGGUGCUUUUUAUCGACGAAGCGUACAGACUUAACGGUAGUCGCGGAUCAUUUGCUGAAGAGGCAGUGAGCGAGCUUGUGGAUGCUGUGACAAAGCCACAGUUUGCACGAAAGCUGAUUAUCGUUCUGGCAGGCUAUGAGGAGGAUAUGGACCGGCUUCUACGCAGUAAUCAAGGUAUCAAAAGUCGGUUUGCAACUGAAUUUACUUUCCGCCCCAUGCGAACCGAACAGUGCAUCGAGCAACUGAGACAGGUUGUGGGAAAGGUGGGCAUCACGAUCCAGGCAACGCCCGAAAUGGAGACAACUAUUCGCACGUCACUGUUCUCUCUCCUACAACGAUUGAGUAAUGACAAGGGAUGGGCCAGUGGUCGCAGUAUCGAGACACUGGGCGAACGACUGAUUGGACAAAUCUUUAAGGAGUGUGCCAUGAACAACUAUACAGGCAAAGAUUUGUUCGUUACAGGUCGUCAGCUUGUGACUAUCCUUGGACAAGCAUCUGGUGUUCCGUAUGCUAGCAUUAGGAUGCCUGGCGCCCAAGCCCCUAUGGGCGCCAAAGUGAUGACCUUGAAAGAUCUCGAGACCUCAGAGUGA